AUGCCUAUAAGCAAAAAAUGCAAGCAUGCAAAUAACCUUGGACACUUCUCCCAGAAAAAGAAAUUGCGCACUAGUGUUCCUAUUGAAGGAUUAGAUGGAAUGGGCUCAGGUGCCUUUCCAGAUCAUGGGAGAUUCUUGGAUGGGACUAGUGGCAGUGUUUCAUUUGGUGUUGGCACUGGAGAAUGUGGCUCUGUUGACUUGACUGGUAGUCCCGACUCUGAUAGCAACUCUGAUAUAGAUGAAAUACCAAACCCUGCAAUGUCAUCCGAAAACACAUUUAUUCAAUAUCUUCAUGAGUCUCAGACAAAGCUUGGUUACCUGGCCAAUGUCCGUGGCAAGAUACCUGGCAACAAAGUGAUAUACCCUGGAAAAACCAUAAACAGCACCUGGUCUGAGCGCAGUCUAUGCUGGGAUAAGGCAAAAGAGAAGGAGGUUCAUAAGGGACUCCAGGAGAAGCAAAGGAAGACCACUAUUGAUGGAAAGAAAUGCACAAUUAUUGAUUUUUUUCAACAACAAAAUCCCCUGGCAUCAUUCCCUCCCAAUUCCCCAGUACCCACCUGGGCCUGUGGACACCCAGACUGGCAGCAGCCACAGGGUACAACACACCACACUCAGCCCCCUCCUAGCCCAGUGAUGAUAUCAUCUCAAAGCUGUUAG